AUGGCGGUGUCGCACGUGUCUUCCUUCAUCUACGACACCUUCUCUAACUACGCCAACUAUGUUCGUACGCAAAUCGUCGAAAAUCCCCUCCUCAGUCUCCUUUUCGUCGCUGCGACACCUUUGGUGGUUGUGAUUAUCAACGUUCUUCAACAACUGUUAAUUCCAAAGAGGCCUUCUGAGCCUCCUACCGUUUUUCACUGGUUUCCUUUCAUCGGCUCCGCUCUUGCGUAUGGCAACGAUCCCUUGAGUUUCUUGUUUGGGUGUCAGGAGAAGUAUGGAGACGUGUUCACCUUCAUUCUGCUCGGACGUAGGGUAACAGUCGCGCUGGGACCGAGAGGAAAUAAUUUCAUCUUGGGUGGCAAAUCGACGGUCUUCAACGCAGAGGAUGUUUAUACUAAACUGACUACCCCUGUCUUUGGGAAGGAUGUAGUUUAUGAUGUACCGAAUGAGGUCUUCAUGGAGCAGAAGAAAUUCAUCAAAGCCGGACUUUCGACCGACAACUUGCGCGCAUAUGUCGUUAUGAUCGAGGACGAGAUCGCGGAGUUCCUGAACUACGACAGCAAUUUUUCGACGUACCAGCGGAACGACACCAAAGAAUGGGGCUCUUUCGAUGUCACCAAGGUCUUGUAG